UCCCCCCUUCCCCGGCUGCCCUGGGCUCCGUCGCCCUGUGCUCGGCCGCGGGGAGCGAGCAUGCAGCGGGGCGGCGGCGCGCACGUGGCCGCGGGGGACCUGGGCGAGCUGCUGGUCCCCUACAUGCCCACCAUCCGCGUGCCCAAGUCGGGGGACCGCGUCUACAAGGCGGAGUGCGCCUUCUCCUACGACUCGCCCGAUUCAGAAGGAGGUCUCUACGUGUGCAUGAACACAUUUCUGGGAUUUGGAAGGGAACACAUUGAAAGGCAUUACCGGAAAACAGGACAGUGUGUAUAUUUGCAUCUGAAGCGACGUGCAACAGAGAAGGUACCAGGAGCAUCUGGCGGAGCUUUACCAAAAAGGAGGAAUGCAAAGAUAUUUUUAGAUCUAGAGACAAACGGUGAUCUCAACAGUGAUGACUUUGAAUAUGAAGAUGAAGCAAAACUUGUUAUAUUUCCCGAUCACUAUGAAAUCUCAUUACCCAAUAUAGAAGAGUUACCAGCACUGGUGACGAUAGCUUGUGAUGCACUCCUCAGUGCAAAAUCACCGUACAGGAAGCAGGAACCUGACUCCUGGGAAGAAGAGCUACAGGCAUCUAAACAUGCCAAAACACUUGUACAGCUAGACAAUGGUGUUAGAAUUCCCCCCAGUGGUUGGAAAUGCUCAAAAUGUGACCUGCGGGAGAACCUGUGGCUAAACCUGACAGAUGGUUCUGUGCUGUGUGGGAAGUGGUUCUUCGAUGGCAGUGGGGGGAAUGGCCAUGCAAUGGAUCACUACAAGGAGACGGGUUAUCCCUUGGCAGUGAAGUUAGGAACCAUCACACCUGAUGGAGCAGAUGUCUAUUCUUUUGAUGAAGAGGAGCCGGUUUUAGAUCCGCAUAUAGCAAAACAUUUGGCACACUUUGGAAUUGAUAUGCUGCAGAUGCAAGUGACAGAGAAUGGGCUAAGAGAUAGUGAUAUAAAACCAAGGGUCUCCGAAUGGGAAGUGAUUCAAGAAGCUGGUGUGAAACUCAAGCCUGUGUAUGGCCCAGGAUACACUGGUAUGAAGAACCUGGGAAAUAGCUGCUACCUCAGUGCUGUCAUGCAAACAGUUUUCAGCAUCCCAGAGUUCCAACGAGCGUAUGUGGGAAACCUUCCACGAAUAUUUGACUACUCUCCUCUUGAUCCAACACAAGAUUUCAACACUCAGAUGGCUAAAUUGGGACAUGGCCUCCUUUCAGGCCAGUACUCUAAGCCACCCGUGAAAUCCGAGCUUAUUGAGCAGGUGAUGAAAGAAGAACACAAGCUUCAACACAAUGGAAUAUCUCCCCGAAUGUUUAAGGCUUUUAUAAGUAAAGGCCACCCAGAAUUUUCCUCUAAUAGACAACAAGACGCACAGGAAUUCUUCCUACAUCUUAUAAAUCUAGUAGAGAGGAACCCUGUAGGUUCAGAAAACCCUAGUGAUGUUUUCCGGUUCCUGGUGGAAGAACGCACACAAUGCUGCCAGUCCAGAAAGGUCCGCUACACAGAGAGGGUGGACUAUGUCAUGCAGUUACCUGUCGCCAUGGAGGCAGCAACAAACAAAGAUGAAUUAAUUGCCUAUGAAUUGAAGAGACGAGAAGCAGAAGCUGCAAGAAGACCUCCACCAGAGCUUGUCCGUGCCAAAAUCCCAUUUAAUGCAUGUCUGCAGGCCUUUUCUGAGCCAAACAACGUAGAGGAUUUCUGGAGCAGUGCCCUACAAGCAAAAUCUGCAGGAGUUAAGACUUCUCGUUUUGCUUCGUUUCCUGAGUACCUAGUGGUGCAGAUAAAGAAAUUUACCUUUGGCCUUGAUUGGAUACCCAAAAAGCUUGAUGUUUCUAUAGACAUGCCAGAUUUCCUAGAUAUCAGCCACCUUCGGGCCAGGGGUCUCCAGCCAGGAGAAGAAGAACUUCCAGAUAUUGCUCCUCCCAUUAUCAUUCCUGAUGACCCAAAAGAUCGUGUGAUGAACCAUUUCAUGGAAUCUCUAGAUAUUGAUGAGUCUUCAGUUAUGCAGCUGGCAGAGAUGGGGUUUCCUUUGGAAGCAUGUCGGAAAGCUGUGUACUAUACAGGCAACCUGGGUGCUGAAGUUGCUUUCAACUGGAUCAUUGCACACAUGGAAGAACCAGACUUUGCUGAGCCAUUGGUCAUACCUGCAUUUGGAGAAACUGCUUCGAGUGGAGCAGCUGCAUUUGGAGCUGCUGGGCUAGAUAACCAACCUCCUGAAGAGAUUGUUGCAAUUAUCAUUUCCAUGGGCUUCCAAAGGAAUUUAGCAAUUCGAGCACUGAAGGCAAUGAACAACAAUUUGGAGCGAGCACUGGAAUGGAUCUUCAGCCACCCUGAAAUCGAAGAAGAAAGUGAGCCUGCUUUGGACACGAUGGAUAUGGAGAACAAUGCUAAUGCCAAUAUCCUUUCAGAGACAGGGUCGGAGGGACCCAGGAUCAAAGAUGGGUCGGGAAGAUAUGAGCUGUUUGGAUUCAUCAGCCACAUGGGAACAUCCACAAUGAGUGGCCACUAUGUUUGUCAUCUCAAAAAAGAAGGAAGAUGGGUGAUCUACAAUGACCUUAAAGUCUGUGCCUCAGAACGACCUCCCAAAGACCUGGGCUACAUUUAUUUUUACCACAGGAUACCAAGUUAGGCCUCAAAUCUAUCACCUGGCCUUAAGAAGCCAUAAGCCUUUUUAACCUGCCCUAAAAAAGUGUACAAUAAAAAGGAAAAUCUAAAACCAACAAAGACCCCUAACCCUUGGACUGCCAAAAAGCAAAGGAAAACAUGGGAUAUUUAUAGUUUAUUUAAAAAACGGUCAUUUGAUUCCGCCUUAAGUGUUAGAGGGAAAAUUUCUGUUAGAUAAUGUAUAGCACACUGUUUUAAAUUUGUACACCUUUAAGGAUACCUUAAAACCAUGCAGAUUACUGAUGGAUUUUGCAGCUAGGAAAUGGAGAAAACAGAAAUUUCAGAGUUGAACCAGAAUCCCAGUUCAGCCCAGCUCCUGCCUGCUCUGCCCAUGCAUCUGUUGAAGACAACGGAGAAAUAUUUGCAUCUUUGGUAACUGGGAGCCAGUGUUUCCAACCAGAGUCCAGACCACUUAGAGAAAUCAUAUUGCAUAUAAAGUUGGAGGGAAGGGGGUGUGUGAGUGUUCUUCAAAGCAGAAUGUCUUAUUUGGGAGAUUAUUUUCGGUACAGUGAGAAAAGUAAACUAAAGUUAUAUCUGUUGGAAUUCGGUUUUAUAAUAUUUUGGUUUGCCUUUUUGAUGCAUAAACCUACAAAAUUAAUGAUGAUGGGAGCAAUCUCCUCUCGGUGCUCUGUACAUUUUCUGCCAAAGAGAAAUAAUAGAUUUUAUUUUUUCAGAAAUAGGUUUCUUCAGCUUCUCUUUAAUCUUUUGCAAUUCGUCCGUCAGAUUCAGGAUUACAGAUGGCUAAAAGGAGCAGGCUUUUUGUCUACAAAAUUAAAUGUUUACCCUCAGGAAAGGCAAGGUUGUUAUUUUUUUUUUUUCUUGUGAAGAAGAGGUUAAUGUCCCAUAAUAUUUCUUUCAGGGAAAUUUUAGUCUAUACCACUCACAUUCCAGCUGAACUCGAUUCCCUGACAAAGUACUCGCAGUGUAAUUCUGAUUUCUGCCAAAGAUUAAUAUUUAGUUCCAUCCAUGAGUGGGGGAAAUUGCUUAGUGAAACUGAUUUACAGAUUUGCCCCUCUCUCCUCCUUCCCUUUAAAAACCAACCAACCAAAAAGCAAAACCAAAAAGUGUAAAAAAAAAAAAAAACCUCAUCACCUUGAAACGAUGUUUUGGCUCUCUUAGCAUUUGCAAAUACACUGAUACUCUGAUCUCUUCAAUUACAUGCCUUCUAAAGGGGUUUUAUAUCUCCAGCAGGGAUGAAGGGGUGGGUAGCUAGGGGCUGACCUUUCCUGUCUCACCUUUUUGUGGUGUUAUUUCGGUUUCUGUCACAGACAAGAAUAUAUGAUCUUUUAAUUGCAUUUGAAAACACUAAUUCUAGAAAAAAUAUGAUGGUGUGAAACCUUUCAUGAUUCCAAAAACUCCCAAAGGUUCAGUGUUGGCCACUGCUUAGAGGCUGUUGCUGGAAUUGCCUCAGAUAGUCUUAGUGAGCCCUCACAGUAAAUUGAAACAGUCAAAAAAAUGAAAAAUCCUCCUUACAGAGUGCAGGAGAGGCAGGGAGUGUAAUUACAUUUUCUCUGCAGUCAGCGCCUCCAAGUUUAAUAGCCAAAUUCAAACAGCUACACUAUGGAAGAGAACCCAAAUUAAAAAUCUGAUUAUGAGUAGGGCAUUUUAUUUUUUCCAGCGUCUCGGGGAAAAGUAGUUCUCCCUCUGGUCGUAUAGCUUCAUGCAGAGACAAAACACUGUUUUUUAAUUUUCUUUUUUAAAUCAGUUUUGAUCUCAAAUUAUGGGAGAGAUUCUAGUGCAAUAAUUCUAUAGAGUGUAAAUGGUGGCUAAUUGCCAGGAGAGCUUCCUGCACUUAGUGCUCUUAUUGACACAAAAGAACAGCAUUCCUAGUACCUUAGCUCCUGUGAGAUUCAGCUGCCUUGUAAUUAUUGAGCCACCAGUUCUGGACAAAAUAAAAGCUGCCAGAAUUUUUUUUUUCACUUUUUCAGGUUUGGAGUAUUUGUGUAUUUCACCAGAAAAUGCCAAAUUUGAAGAUGGUAUCAGCAAAUUAUGCAGUGAUACAUCUUCUCUUUAAAGUGAAAGAACUAGAAUUCCAUAUAUCUAUGUUUGUGCUUUUGUAUUCUGGCAGCAGAAAAAGGACAAAAGACCUCUCUCUCUCUUUUUGUUUCUUUUCUAAUUUUUUUGACUGCCCAGUUAAAUUCCAAGAAAGUUCAAUACAACAGCUUUCCUCUUGCCUCAUGAACUUAAAGGGCUGUUUGUAAACUAACAAGAUCUGGUGGCCACUACCUUUUUAUUUAGAAACCUUGAGUAAAUAAAGGCCACCAGUGUUGUUCCCAUGUUUAUUAUUGAACUGGAACCAUGGCUGGUCUCGUAGGAUUAAGGAUGGAGCUUGAACUCUUACAAAUUUGUCUGGUACCUCCUAAAACUGGAAUGGCUGUGGGACUGGUUGGUCUCAGUUAGCAGGAGACGCACUUAGAAAUCUGAGAAGCGAUAAACUGGAAAUGGUAAAUGAAAGGGGAGACCCAUUCGCUGGCUGUGAUAGAUGAGCUGUAGCAGCUCGGUUUCUGAAAUCCUUUUCAUUUCAUCGCUCUGCCUGCCUAACUACCAACUGGGUCAGAAGUGCAGAGGAAACAGUUUGGGAGAAAGGUUUACGGAUCUUCUAAAAUUUAUCACUUGAGAAUAUGUUGAGGUUUGUCAGCUGUUUGAGAAAUUGUUUUAUCAUCUCCCAAAGUAGUGGCUUCCCUCCUUUUUCAAAUGAUCAUCUCACUUUUGCUCUGGGAUACGGGGGAAGAACAUCACGAAUCUGGAGGAGUAGGAUGUAAACCCCUGACUCUUCAGCCUAACGUGGGCAGAGGAGUUUGUUUCAUUUGUCUGUUUUAAACUCCAGCAUGCAGAAGCCACGUUCAAACAGCCAGCACUGAAUAGAUGACUAAUUUAUCCAGCUUUCCCAAUAACAUUUGUGUGCACUUAAUUGCGCUGGGCCAGGCCCCAGUGCACAGCCUGGACAGUGGCUGAUGGGAACCUCCAUGUCUCUGGGUACUGUAGUAGCUCGGGGGGUUAGGUGUGCAAAGAACUUCUUGGCAAAAAAGGAUGGAGGAAUUAAAAUCCUGGUGAGCAGUUUGAGACCAUCUAACCUGAGAGUUACGUCAAGCCAGACUUGCCAGCAAAUAAUGCUCUUAUUUCUUGUCCUGGUUUUUACUUUUUUGUAUGAUACAUUUAAGUUAGGACAGUGGAAGGAAGAAAAUUCAACAACUUUUCCUACUUUUCCAUUUCUCCUCUCAUUCCUAGCAGCAUGCUAGAUCCAUUAGGACCACGUGGACAAACUCCAAUUUAAUCUUCCUAGAUGAAAUAUAAUUAGGAUAAAAUUUUCAUUUAUUAAAAAUUAAAAAACAGGUAUAGAUGUUUCUGGACUACUCUGACUUGUCACUUUACUGGGUUCACUGGCACUACUUCUGACUGACUUUGAUGUAACUGAAACCAGCAUCAGUCUAGUUUCUUUGAUUCAAGCAGCCUCCACUGGGUCAUAGUACACAUCCUGAAUAUGGAUGCAGCCGGAGCUUGUUAGCUUGUUCUCAAAGUAUCUCCAAUUCAUUCCUUUUUUUCUCCAUCCUGGCAACAGCCAUUUUUAUCUAUUUUCAUGCUUUGAAAGACUAUGCAAAACUUGUAACUGGACAUAACUUCUUAUUUUUCCUAUCACCCUUCCUACCUUAAUGGCUGAAAUCAGUUUCUGAUUUCUAUUCACUCCUCCGUGGUUUUACUGUUAUAUCCUGGAAGUGUCUGUACUGGUUUACUUUGCACCAUUCAGAAUUGUUUGCUUGAAGCACUGUUAACAUUUUGGAGAGUAUUUGAGAUGAGAAAGGUUGUGAAUGACAUUGUUGCAACUGUUUUAAAUUAAAAAGAAAUAUUCUCA